CUCUUUUCUUCAUGUUGGCAACAAUGCAGAUAAUUUCGAUUUUUAGGUUAUCUUAUAUAUGGCGUAGUCUGCGAAAGUGCUGUAAAUCUGGCUCGAGCUGUAUCUACAGGAUAUUGACAAAAUGUCCAGGAGAAAUUCCGGAGACGAUUUUAGAAAAGUGUUUGACGUUGUCAGGGUCAAGUGUCUACAGAACCGAGGACAGGAGAGAGGAUGACAGAGGUAGGGAUCGUUCUCCGCUCAGAACCGAGGAACGUAGCAGUACAGACGAUUGCGAUCAGUUGGAUGCAAAGAAACAGAAGUUGGCGUUUGGCUUUGGGAAAAAGACUGGCAAUGAACAGAAGAAAGGAAUUCAAAUUAAAUUAGGUUCUUUCUCCAAGUCAACUGCGAAGACGACAGUACAAAAACCGACAGUAGCCUCGGUGUUCAAUGCAGACGAUGAUGAAGAACCAGAGGAGAUGCCAGCAGAAGCGAGAAUGAGGAUGCGAAAUAUCGGACGUGAGACACCAACAUCGGCUGGACCAAAUUCGUUCGGCAAAACAAAACAGGGAUUCUGCGACUCUAAAAAGAUAUUUGAGAAAACACUAAAGAAAGCAAUGGAAGAGGCAAACAAAUGA